ACAGGUGAAUGUCUACGUGCUGGGAAAAACUUUCCUUCUUUUGGCCAGAGAGCUCUGCAUAAAUGCUCCAGCUAUAGAUCCGUGCUUAUAUAUUCCGCGUUUUGCACACAUGCUGGAGUUUGGCGAUAAGAACCAUGAGGUCUCCAUGACGGCUCUGAGGCUCCUGCAGCAGAUGAAGAGAGACUGGAUGCACACAGGGCGGCGGCCGUCCGGGCUUUGUGGUGCAGCUCUUCUGGUUGCGGCAAGAAUGCACGACUUUCGGCGCACUGUUAAAGAAGUCAUCAGAGUGGUUAAAGUUGGUGAAUCUACACUGAGGAAAAGACUUACAGAGUUUGAAGAUACACCUGCAAGUCAGCUAACAAUAGACGAGUUCAUGACCAUUGAUUUGGAAGAGGAAUGUGACCCUCCAUCAUUUACAGCUGGUCAACGAAAAAUAAAGAUUCAGCAGCUUGAGAAGGAGCUGUCAAAAAAGCUUGAAGAAUUAGAAGGUGAAAUAUCAAGCUAUCAAGAUGAAAUAGAGAUUGAGUUAGAAAAUAGCAGGCCAAAAGCAAAAGGAGUUUAUGCAAACUAUAGUAAAGAUGAUUUCAUAGAUGAAACUGUUGCAAGUAUAUUUGGAGAAGAGGAAGGAGAAGAUGAAGAACUAGAAGCGGCUGCAAAUCAUCUAAACAAAGACUUUUACAGUGAACUUCUGGAAAAAGAUGGCUCAAAAGAAAAGGAAGCUUCUGUCAGGCCGCCUGCCCUGGAAACACUUCUUGGCCCUCUCCCUACUGCAGCCAGUCUGGGGAUCACGGAAUCUAUAAAAGAGUGUAUAUUGACUAAAGAUCGAGAUGUCAAUGAAAAUACUGGAGAUGGUGAAUUAGAUCUAAGUGGAAUUGACGACAGCGAAAUAGAUAUGUACAUACUUAAUGAUUCGGAAGCCAAAAUAAAAGCAGAACUGUGGAUGAAGGAAAAUGCGGAUUACCUGAAGGAACAAAAGGAAAAAGAAGCAAGGAUAGCUAAAGAGAAAGAGCUUGGGAUUUAUAAAGAACAUAAGGUAAAUUCUACUUUUGGAAUAAGAGGACUGCACAGAUUGCUGGUUAAUUAUACUGGCAGAAAAAUUAGAAAGGGUCAAGAGGAGGGCAUCAAAAAUGAUCCAGGGUUUGGAAA